AUGCCCGGCGAUCCAUCACCACUCGGCACCACCCUCCUGCCCGCCCGCAUCCUGCUGUCUGCUACCGCCCUCUUCGGCGCCAUCGGCCCCUUUGGAGCCGACUGGAACGAGACUCACAUCUACAACCCACGAUGGCCACCUCACGCCAAGUUUCAUAAUGGUCAGACCAUGUCCACAGGUGUCGGUCUGGGUCUACUGACUGCUUACUUUGCCUGGCGCCGUACCCAUACCGAGACAAUGUCUGGCGCGAUGGACAACCUGCUGAUCGCUACGUUGCUGUCGAGCUUGUACUGGGUGACGCAGCUGAGUGCGAUCUUGUAUCCCGGCACAGACUGGUGUGAUGAAGAGUUCCGGCAUCUGGGCACACCGCAGAAGAAGGGAGCGCCUGUGCUUCUCGGUGCGGGAUGGGUAGCAUUCGGGCUGGGAUGGUGGAGAGGAUUUGGCUUCGGACAGCACGGGAAGGUAUUGUGA